AUGUGUCAUAAUCAGUGUCUGUCAAGAUCAUUCAGUUUUCCUGCUGACCAUGGGGACGGGGACGACCACCCUCCGGACAGGUCUGCCUUGAAUGGCCAGGUGGAUGAGAAUCUCCUCAGCCUGAUUCUCCACUCGAAUAUCACUCUUUCUGAGGUUUCCAGAGGAGAGUUAGGAGGAUUCAACUCCGUGAGGCAAAGCUCCAAUCUUGUUGCAGCGGUCUCAGGACCUGAGGCCCGUAACACUGACACCAAGAAUCAUAAAGGAAGACCCAAAAGAUACUGCUGUGAUGAUUGCGAGAAAGUCUUCACCACUUCAUCAAACCUGAAGAUCCAUAAGAAAACUCACACUGGUGAUAAACCACAUAGCUGUGAUCAGUGUGGAGCGGCUUUUACCCAUAAAAGUCACCUAACGAGACACCGACGUAUUCACACUGGAGACAAGCCUUACAGGUGUGAUCAGUGUGGAGUUGCUUUUGCCCAGCAAGGUUAUUUGACGAUUCACCAACGUAUUCACACUGGAGACAAGCCUUACAGAUGCGAUCAGUGUGAGGCGGCUUUUGCCCGGCAAGAUGCUCUAAUUAAUCACCAACGUAUUCACACUGGAGACAAGCCUUACAGGUGUGAUCAGUGUGGUGCGGCUUUUGCCCAACAAUGUGAUCUAACGAGACACCAACGUAUUCACACUGGAGACAAGCCUUACAGAUGUGAUCAGUGUGGAGCGGUUUUUGCCCGGCAAGAUCAUUUGACGAGUCACCAACGUAUUCACACUGGAGACAAGCCUUACAGGUGUGAUCAGUGUGGGGCGGCUUUUGCCCGGCAAGAUCAUUUGACGAGUCACCAACGUAUUCACACUGGAGACAAGCCUUACAGAUGCGAUCAGUGUGGGGCGGCUUUUGCCGAGCAAGGUGCUCUAACGAAUCAUCAACGUAUUCACACUGGAGACAAGCCUUACAGGUGUGAUCAGUGUGGAAAGGCUUUUGCCCAGCAAGGUGCUCUAACGAAUCAUCAACGUAUUCACACUGGAGACAAGCCUUACGGGUGUGAUCAGUGUGGAGCGGCUUUUGCCCGGCAAAGUACCCUAACGACUCACCAACGUAUUCACACUAGAGACGAGCUUUACUGGUGUGGUCAGUGUGGAGCGGCGUUUGCCCGGCAUUGUCAUUUGACGAGACAUCAACGUAUUCACACUGGAUAAAAAGUGUACAUUUUUGAUCAGUGCUGAUGUCAUUUAUUUUGAGAGUUCAGUUAAAAGGCAGUUUAGUUAAUUUAGUUUUGAAAGAAAUAAU